GUAUGGCGUGGAGUCGGAAUAGGGCUGAGCAAAGCUUGGGACUGAGAAGAGUCCAAAAAAGACAACUGGGAAGUAACUGGUGACAGUCUAACAACUUUUCCGUAGGAAGUCAGGGCCGCUGUCUGAGUGAGGCGUGAGUCCUGAAGGCGAGGCGGCGGCGCAGCGAAGAGAAGGUAGGACGGCUGGAGGCGAGGAGAUUGGAGGAACGUCGGUUGCCAGUGUCUGAGGACCUACAGGCUGCAUGUCCCCCAGUGUCUAGAUUUCUGCUUUUCACAUCACGAAAUGAGGUGCCGCACGACGAGGAUUACUAUCUCGGUGGGUGAUAAGGUGGCUGCUUCCAGUUCUGAAGAUGAAGUGGAUGUGCUUUUACAUGGAACUCCUGACCAAAAACGAAAACUCAUCAGAGAAUGUCUUACUGGAGAAAGUGAAUCUAGUGAAGAUGAAUUUGAAAAAGAAAUGGAAGCUGAAUUAAAUUCCACCAUAAAAACAAUGGAAGUCAAAUUAUCCUCCCUGGAAACAGGGUCUUCUUCAGGAAAUGGGAAAGUUGGAACAGCUUCCACAAAGUACUAUGAUGAUAUAUAUUUUGAUUCUGAUUCUGAGGAUGAAGACAAAACAACACAGGUGACCAAGAGAAAAAAGAAGAAACGACACAGGAUUCUAACAAAUGAUGAAUUACUGUAUGAUCCUGAAAAAGAUAACAGAGAUCAGGCCUGGGUUGAUGCACGGAGAAGAGGAUACCAUGGUUUUGGAAUACAGAGGCCACGUCAACAACAACAGCCUGUUCCAAAUAGUGAUGCUGUCUUGAAUUGCCCUGCCUGCAUGACCACACUGUGUCUUGAUUGUCAAAGGCAUGAAUCAUACAAAACUCAGUAUAGAGCAAUGUUUGUGAUGAAUUGUUCUGUCAACAAAGAGGAGGUUCUAAGAUAUAAAACCCCAGAGAACAGGAAGAAAAAGCGAGGCCAUAAGAAGAUGCGGGCUAACCAUGAAGAUGCUGCAGAGCAGACAGAUACAGAAGUGGAAGAAAUCUAUCACCCAGUUAUGUGCACCGAAUGUUCCACUGAAGUGGCAGUCUAUGACAAGGAUGAAGUCUUUCACUUUUUCAAUGUUUUGGCAAGCCAUUCCUAAUAGCUAAGUUUGCAUUUAAUUGCCCAAUACUGUAUAUAAGGCAAAUAUGACAGUUACUUUCCUCCUGCCUAUUAAGUGACAUUCUGAGUGGUUAUUUGAGGAAGCAGUGUUUUAUUUUUGAAAGAGAAUGGUUACCAAACUUCACCUUUCCCCCUUCUUUAAAAAAAUUUCCCCUAGCUCUGUUGAGACUGAUUAUUCAAUCCCUUUUUGAUGGACUUUGGAAACUUGGGGCUUUUUAUUUAUUAAAGUUCUUUAGAACUAAAGUGUUCUGGAGUUGUAAGUAAUCUGUUUUAGAGUGUUAUUUUUUAUUUUAGACAUACCCUUGGUGUGAUUAAACUGGAAACUAUUUACUGA